AACUGUAACUCGGGAAUGUAAGAUUUGUGUGAAAACUCCUGGUCAGUUGAACACCUUUCGUGGUUGUAUCGAAUUUCUUCCUCACCUGGUGACUCCGAAAGAUUUGAGGAGAUACAUUUUUCUUCUUAAGUUGGAGUACAUUCCACGUCGGUUUGUUUAUUAACGUGGAUCAAGUUUUUACUAUCAUUUCAUUUGCAAAUCUCCUAUUUUGUGAGACCUGGGUUUAUCGUAUCUUUCAAUUUAAAGGGCCCCAAUUCCCGGAGGAGAAUCCGACUAAUAAGUAAAGACUGGUUCCGCAACGGUGACUGCACUGAAUUGUCAAAUCGAGAUGUGACGAGGGGAAAAGCAGGACUCUUGUUUCUAAAAAUGAUGGAUACUUGGUCAGAAUGAAGGUUCUGUCAGUUUAUCUGGGCAUCUUGUUUUUCCUGAGUACAGUCACAAGUGACUUGUGGAGUCCUUGGUCACCAUGGAGCACUUGUUCCCGCACGUGUAAUGGUGGCGCCUCCUAUCGGACCAGACGAUGUAUCAAAAACCAGCAUAUAGUAUAUGGCUGCCGUGCAGAAGAUGUUCAGUAUAAAUUAUGUAAUGCUCAGGAAUGUAUUUUGGAUGACCCUGAUUUCCGGGCUGUUCAGUGUUCGUCCUUCAAUAACCAGCCAUAUUCAGGGAGGUUUCUGAAAUGGAUCCCCUACCAUGACUCCACCAGUCCCUGUGCCCUAUACUGCCAGGCAGUGGGGUCUAAUAUAAUCCACAGGUUCGCGGACAAAGUACUUGAUGGGACGAGAUGCCGUAAUGGUUCCAAAGAUAUGUGCAUUGAUGGCAAGUGCUGGCACGUAGGAUGUGAUAAUGUACUUGGAUCAAAAAUAGAGAUGGAUAAUUGUGGUGUUUGUGGGGGAAACAAUUCGUGUAUUUCCCCGACUUUUGCCAAAUUUCAGUGGAAACAAUCAGGAUUUGGUGAAUGUUCAUCGACUUGUGGUGUAGGAUAUAGAAGAACAAGAGUGGUUUGUAAUAAUCGAGUAACAGGGAAACAAGUCAGCAAUAAAAGAUGUAUGCGAGAGAGAAGACCACAAACGUACACACAGACCUGUCAAAUACAGGAAUGUGGAGAGAGUUUUAGGUACGACUGGGUGUAUGGACGCUGGAGUAAAUGUUCGUGCUCUGUAAAAUUCACACGGAGAGCCAGACGAUGCGUUAAGUUUUAUACGAAUUCUUCCCAAACCUAUGUGAAUGAAACAUUCUGUAACACUCUGACACCAGAGGCCAGAAGAUUGUGUGACAGGAAGUUCUGUCCUGUUUGGCAUGUUGGCCAUUGGUCACCAUGUUCUGUAUCAUGUGGUGACGGUGUUCAACGUAGAGGUGUCGUCUGCCAACACUUUGGAAGAGAAUUUUGUGAUCUAAAAACUAAACCCAUAACAGUUCAAUCUUGUAAUACUACUCCGUGUCUAGUUCAAAGAGAUUCCAGCUAUGCAGAUUACAUGCUUAAAGAUUUACAAGAGGUAGUGAUUGGGGAGUCGGACAGUGAGUCGAUAAAACGAAUACCACCCCAGAACAUCACAGACAAGGAACCACGCCCAAGAUAUAUGGCGAGAGAAUGGCAGUCCUGCAGCGUCACGUGCGGAAGAGGCCGGAAGUGGCGUUACGUAAAAUGUCAAGUUUAUGUCCCAAACACUGGUAAAAUGUCAGAACUUCCGGACGAGGAAUGCCCUGGAUUAAAGCCUUUGACAUCUUCUCCUUGUGUAAUAAAGGAUUGUGUAGAGCAGUUUGAGUACCGCAGCGUUGGCAUGACGUCAUGUAGUCGCAGUUGCCUUGGUGGUGUACAACAAACAAUAAUCAGAUGUGUGAAUGUAUAUAACGGUUCCACUGUGGACGAUAAAUAUUGCAGUAAUGCAAAACUUGUUCCCAUUGAAAGGAGAGUGUGCAAUGAUAUCAAUUGUCCACAGAGAUGGAAAAUUGGUGAUUUUGGGAUGUGCUCAGUGAGCUGUGGCGGUGGAAUAAUGCACCGUGACGUAGAGUGCAUCCAAGAAUUUGCAGCUAGAUACAGACACGUGAUCCACCUACCAGACAACAUGUGUGAGCAGCCCAUCCCAACACGUAAUAGAAAGUGCAAUAAAAUAGACUGUCACUCUGAGUGGAUGACAGGUGCUUGGUCACAGUGUUCGGUAACAUGUGGUUCUGGAUAUCAGUCACGUGAUGUGUACUGUAUCAAAAAGAAUGCUAAAGGUCAUUAUAUCAAUAUAACAUCGGAUUUAUGUGAUUCGAACAAGCAGCCAAUAGAUGUUCAAAACUGUAAUCAAACUGUGUGUCCAAAACCAAAGUUAAGGUCCCUUGAUGUGCAGUUCUUUCAACUAGACAAACUAAAACGAGUGAAACUUACUAUUGGAAUGUCAGCGGUCAUAUUACCAGGAACAACAAUACUAAUUAAGUGUCCAACACGGGGGAUACAAAUACAAGAUAUCAAGUGGCUUAAAAAUGGAACCUUUAUUACAUAUUCUGGAAGAAUCAAAUUAACUCGAAAGAGAUUCUUGAAAAUCAAAAACGCGAUUCCAGAGUUUGAUUCUGGGACGUACUCCUGUAAGGCAGGGUCCCUGCAAUCGACUUCUAGUGUCACCUUUAGCAGUGUGUACGACAUAAUUAAAGCUACAAUGCGAAGGGAGAAAUACCUCUCUGGACUUCAGCCAUUAAAUUUAGUUGCACGUAGUGUGCCCACAAAACAGAUUGACCCAGUGUCGAGGCGGUACAGGCCCCUGUACCUUGUUCAGUCGGAAUGGCGUUCGUGCUCUGCUUCGUGUGGUGGCGGGUUACAGUCACGAAAUGUCAGUUGUGAGAUCAUUACGCGUGAUUAUUAUGAAGUGUUUCCGGUGAGAUAUUGUACUAGAGCUGGACACAGUGCACCAAUGUUGAUUCAAAGCUGUAAUACAUUUCCUUGUGUUGAAUGGCAGCGAGGGAACUGGUCAGAGUGUUCUUCAAAGGAAUGUGUGAGGGACAAAGUUGCUUUGCAAAGACGAGAAGUGAGUUGUAUAUCAAACGGUCAAAUCAUGAAUGAUACUGAUCAUUGUGACAGACUGGGAACGGUUCCUCCUUCAGAAAAGGAGUGUUCCAAUAGUGACUGCAAAGCUGUCUGGACUGCAUCGAAAUGGACUCGGUGUCUUGGUGAAUGUGGAACUAACGGUUUUAAAACAAGAACACUGAACUGUGUCUGGUCUAAAACCAAGCUUCAUGCUGGACGCCACUGUGCCUCUGUGAAGAGACCAAAGACGAUAAAAAUGUGCAAAAUGGGUAGCUGUCUUGAUAGAUGUGCAGACAAGUCAGAAUAUUGCAGUGUUGUGAAGAUAAUGAAAUUUUGUAAAUUUACUAACUUUCGCAGGAAUUGUUGUUUAUCCUGUCAAGAUUCUUGACUAUAACAUAUUAGUUACUGAAUUAAUAUUCAAGCUACCUCAGGUCACAUAUACGUUUAUUAUUGACCUACUGUCAAAAAUGAUGUAUAAACAUAAUAAUGUUUACAAUUUUGCUUCUUGUCUGCAAAACACAAUAUUAUAGUUAUAUUCUUAUCAUCACAAGACACAGAUUUUUUUGUCCAUUCUAUUUCCACAAACCAGGUACACAAAAACCUAUGGCUGGCGACAAAGGUAUAUCGUAAAGGAACCAAAAAAUGCUCAUUUAUUUUCUUUCUCUAGAAGACAUAUAUUAGAUUUUGAAGAAUGUGUAUUACAUACUGGUAGUUUGUCUCAAUUGUUGGGGGAAAUAUACGGUGUACAGUUAUAAUAUUGGGAUGUGUACUUGAAAGGAAAUACAUGCAUUCAACAAGAAAAAAAAUAUCAAAUUUUGCAUGACUUCUGAUAGGCAUUAAAUUUUAUCAUUUGUCUGAAAUCAAAAAUUAGAGAGAGAGAGAGAGAGAGAGAUGUCUUAAUUUUUAAAUAUGGACGUAGCGCAGAAAUACAUGUACAUAAAUUGUUGGAAUGUAAAUAAAUGAAGAUAAUUGG